AUGGUUACUGUUUAUUAUUAUACUUCUUGGUAUCCGGUUUUUAUUUAUACUGAAAUAUCUCUGAUUUACUAAAUAAUUCUAAUCUAAUUGAUAGUUUGGCAACAAAAAUGUCUAAAUAAAUCAAGAAUAGAUAAUCGCUGGACCACUUUGCCGAUGAGUAAAAUAGAGAGUAGAUACCACUGAACACAGAUAACUCUCCCUCAGCUCCAAGAAUUUGUAUUUACUGACGGUAUGAAUUAUUGGGAUAAUCCCAUUGAUUCUCAAAACUACAAAGUUUCUGGAGCAGGUGUAUAUGCAGUGUUCCAUGGACGAGUAAUUCAAAUAAAUACUAAGCCGAGCCACUUAUUACUAAUUACAGAUCUUGAUAACACUCUUGUAGGCUGGAACCGUGAAGCUAAAAACUCACUUAAAAAAUUCAACAACUUUUGAAUUUCAAAUCAUUAUUUCAAUGGAUCCAAACUUGUUUAUAAUACAGGUCGAAGCUUUGACGGCUAUAUUGAUUUAUUUCAGCGUGGCUUCGAAUUGCUUGAUCCUGAUUUGCUUAUUGUUUCAGUUGGAAGCAAUGCAUAUACUAGAUUAGAUUAACGAUAUGUAUUUAAGGUCCCUGCUUCCAUGCGUGACAUUCCUCCGCGCUCCCGUGAGGAGCCGUGCUGGCACGAGCGAAAAGGAUGGACUUCCAUCACUGGUUCUCUGAGCCCAGGCCGAAACCCUGGUUUCUCGGUAGUGGGUUGCCCUAUUGGGUCGUCAGCCGACCGUCGCCGAGCACCACCAUUUCCAACUCAGCCUUCCGCCCCGAGUUACGCCAGUCUUUGUCUCCGGUUGGCCAGGCCGUCCUUCUUUUAAGGACCCUUUUAAACUGGAGAGACCGCCUUGUUGUCUAAUCUGCCUCCCUUUUUCCCAGCUUAUCCGCUUGAGAAAAUCUCAAUCGCUUCCGCGAUUCGGGGCAGACCACAGUAGCAGCUUGAGCAGGUAAGUCGCCCUGCUCCAUUUCGGGCACCCACUGGCUUGGGCGCUGCUGGAAAAAGAAGAUGCUCCUAACUGCCCUAGGAUCUGGCCACGAUCAGCGGGUCUGUGUUCUCCCCUGGUUAUCACCAGGGUCCAGAUAUUGCUGGGCUAAGUCGCUUCUCCUGAAAACCAUGCCCGGAUAUACAUGGGUUACCGUCACUGGGAGGACGGAUCGGACGUCAUACGCCAUUUUAUGUAUAUGGAAGCAAUGCAUAUACUAUCAAUCCGAACAAUGGCGAAUAUGUCAAUAGAGAGGAUUAUAAUAGCUUCAUUCAAAAGGAAAACUGAGACUCAUUUAUUAUAAAUAGGCUGCUUCUAUACGAAUUCAAAUGAUUAAAACUCCCAGGGUUUAUUCAUAUUUUUCCUGGGAAAAUUAUCUUGAAAUCGUCAGUAGAAGAUAUGUCGGCAAACUUUUCAAGAUUUAAGGAGUUUUUAAGAAAUAAAGGAAAUCAUGAAAGAUGUGAAAAAGUAUAUCUAUUUAUAGAAAUAAAUGGCUUUAAAAUUACGCUGUUCUCAUUUGCUACAAAAAAUAGUAUGAAGGCUAUUGUUGUCAAAACAUAUUAUUAUUAUCCAUAUAAUUAUAAUAAAUGCAAGGGCUAUUCUGUCAAGAGAUGGGGAAGACUAUAUGAUUGAUAUUGUACCAUUAGAAGGAGGGAAAAAAUUAGGUGUACUGUUUGCUCACUCCCCCCUCUAUGAAUGAACAAAAAAAUCUUGUUUAGUUUUUAUUUUUAAAAAAAUUAUAUAUAAAUUUAUAGAAAAAUUUUUUUUCGAAAUUUAAAAAAAUCCUAAUUCGCAAAUAUUAAUUUAAUUUGUAAUAAAGCGCGCAAUUUGUUUAAAAUAGUAACAGAAUUAGCUCGAGAUGUCAUUAUAUUAAUUAUCACUUAUACAUCAAAAUUUAUUCUAUAAAAAAUUUUUGUUCACUCACGGAGGAUGGGUUUUUGGGCAAAAAAUAAGGAUUUUUCUAAUGUUUUUGUUCGCUCAUGGAGUAGGGAGUCAGGAAAUGUUUGGGUUUAGAGAUGAAGAAACUUUGGUAGCUGGGGAUUCAGAAAAUGACAUCCAAAUGUUUAGAGGAAAUCAUUGAGGAGUUUGCGUUGCCAACUCUCAAGGUGAGUUGGUGGCAUGGCUUCAAAAGAAAAAUAGAUCUAACAAGUAUAAAUCGGAAUGCCAAUAUGCAGAUGCAAUUAUAGAAGCUGCACUUAAAAUUACUAGCUAA